AUGUCUAAAGAGGUUAAGGAUAAUAGUAAUAAUAAGAGUGUUUUAAAUAAACCCACAAAUAUCAGUAGUGGGGAUACAAUAAAUAAAGUUGAAAACAAAAAUAUAGAUGACAGUAAUCAAGAAAGCAAAAAUAACAAAAGAAAAAGAAGAAGAAGAAAUUAUGAUGAUUAUGAUGCUGAAAUAGAUAAAGAAGAACAAAAAUUUAAAAAAUUAAAGAACAACAAUAACAACAAUAACAACAGUAAUAUAUCAAUUUCUAAUACAAAAAUUGAAUCCAAUAUUAAUUUAGAUCAACUCUCUGAUUCUGAUAUAGAUGAUGAAAAAUUGGAUCAAUUAUUAGAACACGAUUUAGAUAAUGAUAUAGAGGAUGAUUUGGCUGAGAUUGACACAGCUAAUAUUAUUUCUAAUGGGAGAAGAACCCGUGGAAAAAUAAUUGACUAUAAAAAGACUGCAAAAGAAUUAGAUUCGAUUAAAACCAAAUCUGUAUUGAAGGACGCAUCCCUAUCACCAUCAUCAUCUACUAAUAAAGAAGAAGCAAAUGAAGAUGAUGACGAAGAAGAAGACGAUGCUGAUUUCAGAAUAUAA